AUGCCUUUUUUAGGCCAAAUAGGAACUGGAAUACAAAAAGCGGCAUCCGGAGUCUGGAAUUCUGCAGGAUCAGCAGUAGAUGCUGUUGGUGAUGCUGCAUUUGCAGUUGGCACCGGUGUCGGCGGUGCCGCAAUCGCCGCUAAGGAUGUAGCUGUCAGCGGAGCAAAAGCUGUUGGAAGCGGAAUCUCAACAGUGGUUUCCGGAGCCGGAGAAAAAGUCGGUGAAGGUGUUGAAAGCGUCGGUCAUGGCAUCGCUGGUGUCGGCGAAAACAUCAAAGAAAAAGCUCAUGAUUGA